GAACUGAAUUACAGAAACAAUGACAGAGAGCAGCAGAGAAGAAGAACACAACCAAGACGAAAUCACAGCUCCUCUCAUUUCUAGAGAUGAAGAAGGUCAGACCUCCUCAUCUCCACCGGAAGAAGAAGAAAACUCGCCGGUGAAGCAAGUAGCUCUGACGGUGCCGACCGGAGACGACCCUUCCCUCCCCGUCCUGACCUUCCGAAUGUGGGUCCUAGGAACCCUCUCCUGCGUCCUCCUCUCUUUCCUCAACCAGUUCUUUUGGUACCGGACCGAGCCGCUGUCGAUAACAGCCAUCUCGGCCCAGAUAGCAGUCGUGCCCCUCGGCCAGCUCAUGGCCGCUAAUAUCACGACGCGCGUCUUCUUCAAAGGAACCAGAUGGGAAUUCACACUCAACCCUGGUCCCUUCAACGUAAAAGAACACGUCCUCAUCACCAUCUUCGCCAACUCCGGCGCCGGCACAGUCUAUGCCAUUCAUAUUGUGACGGUGGUUAAGGUUUUCUACAAGCAGCACAUCACGUUCUUCGUCUCCUUGCUUGUCAUCUUAACAACUCAGGUGUUGGGGUUUGGCUGGGCUGGGAUUUUCAGGAGGUACUUGGUCGAACCGGCAGCUAUGUGGUGGCCGGCAAAUUUGGUUCAAGUCUCAUUGUUUAGGGCCCUCCACGAGAGGGAAGAACGACCAAAGGGUGGCGUGACAAGGACACAGUUCUUUCUCAUUGCCUUCAUGUGCAGUUUUGCUUACUAUGUAUUUCCCGGCUACCUCUUCACAAUGCUAACCUCCCUCUCAUGGAUCUGCUGGAUAUUUCCCUCAUCAGUCCUUGCCCAACAGAUCGGGUCGGGUCUUUACGGGCUUGGACUUGGUGCUGUUGGGCUCGACUGGUCCACUAUCUCCUCCUACCUCGGAAGCCCACUUGCAAGCCCAUGGUUUGCCACUGCCAAUGUUGCUGCUGGUUUUGUGUUUGUCAUGUAUGUGUUGACUCCCAUAUGUUACUGGCUUAACCUCUACAAAGCCAAAACCUUUCCAAUAUUUUCAGAUGAACUCUUCACGGAAGACGGUCAAGAAUACGACAUCACAGCGAUCAUUGACUCCAAUUUCCAUCUCAAUAUUACGGCUUAUGAGGAAGAAGGUCCACUUUACAUCAGCACAUUUUUUGCGAUGACUUAUGGUGUGGGCUUUGCUGCACUCACUGCUACAGUUGUUCAUGUUGCACUCUUCCAUGGAAGGGAAAUAUGGGAGCAAAGCAAAUCAAGUUUCAAGGAGAAGAGAAUGGACAUUCACACUAGACUUAUGCAGAGAUACAACCCAGUGCCUGAGUGGUGGUUUGUGGCCAUUCUUCUAACUAACAUUGCACUCACCAUUUUUACCUGUGAAUACUACAAUGACCAGCUUCAAUUGCCUUGGUGGGGUGUCCUUCUAGCUUGUGCUAUUGCCAUUUUGUUCACCCUCCCAAUUGGUAUCAUCACAGCCAUCACAAAUCAGACACCAGGCUUGAAUAUCAUUACUGAGUACAUAAUAGGGUACAUCUACCCUGGAUAUCCAGUCGCCAAUAUGUGCUUCAAAGUUUACGGCUACAUAAGUAUGACACAAGCCAUCACAUUCUUGCAAGACUUCAAGCUUGGUCACUAUAUGAAAAUCCCUCCUAGAACUAUGUUCAUGGCACAGGUUGUUGGAACCCUUAUAGCGGCGUUUGUUUACUUGUGCACGGCGUGGUGGCUAAUGGAGACCAUCCCCGGAAUAUGUACUGACACAACAUCAGUGUGGACUUGCCCCAUGGACACUGUGUUUUACGACGCGUCUGUCCUAUGGGGACUGAUUGGUCCACGAAGAAUUUUCGGGGACUUGGGCACAUAUGCAGCAGUGAAUUGGUUCUUCCUAGCUGGUGCAAUUGCUCCUGUUCUAGUUUGGUUAGCUGCUAAGGCAUUUCCACAACAGGAGUGGAUUCGGCUCAUCAACAUGCCGGUUUUGAUUGGAGCAACGGGAAGUAUGCCGCCGGCCACUGCCGUUAACUACACUUCUUGGAUCAUUUUGGGGUUUCUCUCCGGUUUUGUUGUGUAUAGGUAUAGACCAGAUUGGUGGAGGAGACACAACUAUGUUCUUUCUGGGGCACUUGAUGCUGGUCUUGCUUUUAUGGGGGUACUGUUAUAUUUUACCGUUGGAUUGGAGGAAAUUAGUGUCGACUGGUGGGGAAAUGACCUUGAUGGGUGUCCAUUAGCUGAAUGCCCUACGGCCGUAGGGGUGAUUGUUGCUGGCUGCCCUGUUUUCACUUGAACAAAUUGUACAUAAAAUUUACAGCUCCUCUGUAAGAUAUGUGAUAGGAUAUAUCAGUGAUUCAAUAUUGAUUACUUAGUUCCAAAGAGGUGGUUUGAGGUUUUAUUCGUG